AUGGGGACGUAUGCUUUUGGUAAAAAAGAUGAAAUCUACGGAUUCCAGACGCUAUUCCGAGAACUCGGGUAUUACAUUUCAAGACUAGAGCAGUACGAGAGGGCCUUGAAGUUCUUCGACGAAGCCCUCAAGAAUACCCCUCUAGACAGAAGGGCCCUCAUCGGGAGAUCUCGGUCGAGAGCAAAAGCUUGCCUAUACGAGGGAGCCCUCGACGACGUCAACAAAGCAUUGAAGAUAAACCCUGACGAUUUGGAUGCGCUAGCGGAGAAGGCCUUAAACACAUACCUCAGCUGUGAAUUCGAAGAAGGUUUACUUCAGAACACCAGACUCCUUCCCAUAAGACAGAAACCUGACAACUUCGACAUGGGAGUCAUGCAUUGUUCGAACGCCAUCGAGAAUUGUGUCGGAGAGCGGGCCGGAAGGCCGCUGCGCGACCACUUCCGCUUCAUCAGACGACUGGCUUUUAAGAGGAACUACGAGGCUCAGAAGCCUUUCGAGCCCAAACCCAAAACGAAGAAGAAGAGGAAGUUUAACAAUAUCUUUAAGGAGCUACCGAAGGAACCCAUUAUUCUGGGAAAGAUAAAGAAGGCCGCGAAGGUAGAAUCUUUUAUGAUUAGCGGGGACAAACGUUUGAGUAUAAAAGACAGUCUACACAGCCAGAAGGCCGAGGAGAAUCAAAUCCCGCACUUGACUCAGCCAUUCAUAUUCAAGCCUUUGCAGAACUACACGACGAAUAUUGAAAACUACAUGGCGGAGAAGUACUUGGACUCCAUGUACUUGGACAAGAUCUUCUUGAAGAAGCUGAGGUCUCAACCAGGAGCUGUAUGUCCUAAUAAAAAGGGAUCGGCGAUAAUUUUGCAAUUGGCUAAAACUGGAUACAACAUUGUAUCGUACAAACAGGAACUAUUACGAACUAGAAGACCGUUUUACUUUAUUAAAUACCAAGAGGCUACAGUGUCAGGUGUUUUAAAGGCUAGACAAAAGGAAGAGUUGAACAUCCAACAACAAAACGUCAAGAAGGAAGCAGACGUGCUUCUCUUCAAAAUGCAAGAUGCUCUGAAAAACAAGAAACUCCGCAUUGUAUUAGACACCGCAGAGAAACUCAAACUGUACUGUGACAUUAAAUCCAAGCGCCUAUUGAUGGACAAGGAAAUAUACCUGCAAGAAAUAUACAGGUGCGUGUGUCGAGGAUUCUACGAGCUCAACAGGGUCAACAAGGACCAGUUCCUGUGGGACCAAGAGAAGAGGAUAUACAUGGCUUUCGGCAUGCCGGUGAGUCGGCCACCAUCCGCAGAUUCAGUAAUAGAGCAGUUUCGGAAUGUGUUCGCCGAUUACAAGAAGUUAAUACACACAUUCGAGAAGCGGUUGCAGUUCGCCACUUCCAGCAACGAGACGUGCUGGUGCUACCACGAACUGUCACGGUUCCUCAUCGAGCUGAAGCGGUGGGAGCUGGCCACCGUAUACGCCAGGAAGUGCAUCCAAGAAGGCAACAAGGGCGAGAAUCUGGAGUGGGUCAUCAACGCCAUGAUGCUAUUGGUCAAAAUCAACCUCUCGCUGCACAACAAGAACGACGCCAAGUCCGAAGUUGCUUCCGCUAUAGAGAUAUGCCAACAGCUGAAGGACCCUAACCUACAGGAGUACCUGGACAAGUGCCUGGACGUGAUCGAGAGGUUAGAAUUCGAUGAAGCCCAGUCCAUGAAGGCGCUGGAGAGACGCGAGAAGAACAUCGUGGCCAUGAUGGCUAGUGCCAAGAUGAAGGAUGAGGAGGAUGUUGGUGAUGCCCGGCGUCAGGAUCGAAGACAUUGAAAAGAAAUCCAAACUGGCCAGGAGACAGUCCAUAAUGCCAGGAAAUAA